CUUUCCCAGAGUUGAUAAAAAGACGGGUUUUAGCUUUCUAUCUUAAAUAAUUGCAAAACGAAGACACCGACCGCGCCUCAUACAAAUGGCCCCUCCCAUCGAUCCUGUCCCAUCUGAACUCGCCUCGUUUCUCCUCACCACACUUCCCCCUAACUUCAGUGUCGGUCCUUCACGACUCUGCGAGGACCGGCUGGGGCUGUGGUGGGUCGGCUGUGCGGUGGAGGCCGGGUCUCUGGUGGGGAGGGCGGGUGACACACCGUCCGCCUCGAACGUCAGCAGUGGAGAUCCUGAAGUCAGGGCUCAGUCUGACAGCACAGAGGCACAGAUGGGGAAGUCUGCCAAUCAGAACCCUUCAGUGCAAAGCAACAUCUGGAUCAACUUUGCCUGCCGGUCAUCAAGCAGAGCCCAGCAGAAUGUGGCGGUGCAGUGCGAGUGUGGAGAGGUGUGUGAGGGCGAGUGUGUGCUGAUGUGUCUGCGCGUGUGUCGGGACAUCCAGCCGGGGACGGAGCUGCUCUUUUAUGACGACACUGUGGCGAAACAACCAGCUGCAGGAAACUCCACGGGGGACACAGCUAAAGAAGACAGGAUGGUGCAGGGACAAGAUCCAAACACUGGAGUCUCCAUCAACACAUCAGUCAGUGAAGUCAAGGAUGCAGAGUUGAAAGACAAAGCGAAGGACGGAACGCAGGAGGAGGGGCAGAAGGGAAAUCCACGCAGCGAUCUCAGCAGGGGUCACGGGAGGAAGAGGCAAGCGGAGUUAAUCUCCUCCAGUGACAGACAGUUGGAAAAGCUCGCUGCGCCCCUCACAGCAGCUGGUGGACACACAGGGAGAACGUUGGGCGCCCUGCCAGCCGAAGCCCCCCGAGGCCUCCCCGCGCCGCCGUCUGUCCGCUGCAGCUCCCGCCUGGCUGCAAAGCCCAGACGCGUUCACUGCCUCGCCACCCGAUCGAAGAAGACCCCGGCCGGCCCCGGCUCACCCGAGCAGGCCAGAGGAAGGGGGAGGACUGAGGACGGCGCCGAGUUUUCCAAGACGAAAUCGGGCGAAGCCGAGGUGAUCGCAGCGGCGUGUCCCACCGGGAAGACCGCCACACGGCGUCCAGAGGACAGAGAGCGGCGCUACAGGUGCUCCAGCUGUGGGAAGAGGUUUUACCAGAUCGGCCACCUGAAGAAGCACCAGUUCAGCCACACGGAGGAGAAACCCUUCAGCUGCCAGGAGUGUGGGAAGAACUACACCUCUGCAGAGAGCUUCAGAGCUCAUCAGAUGAGUCACCGCGGAGAGCGUCCCUUCUCCUGCCCUCACUGCGAGAAGACGUACGGCCUGAAGCGGGACCUGAAGGAGCACAUGGUGCUGCACACCGGCGAGAAGCCCUACGCCUGCGAGCACUGUGGCAAGGCCUUCGCACGCCGGCCGUCCCUCCGCAUCCACCGCCUCCUGCACUGCAGCAGGAUGACUUACACCCAGCCUCCAAAGGUGCAAUGUUCAGUCUGCCCCAAACUGCUGGCGAACUCGGGCUCUCUGAGGAACCACAUGAAGCUUCACACGGGCGAGAAGCAGCACAUCUGUCAACACUGUGGGAAGUGCUUCACUCAGAAAGGGAACCUGGAGUGUCACCUGAGGAUCCAUAACGGGGAGAAGCCGUUCGCCUGCACCGAGUGCAGCCAGACCUUCUCCCAGAGGCCGGAGCUCCGCCGCCACAUGUUCUCCCACACCGGGGGGGCUUUCCUCUGCAGCUACUGCGGCAGGUCGCUGAGAGACCCCCACAGCCUGAGGGCCCACGAGCGGCUGCACACCGGGGAGCGACCCCACCGCUGCUCCGUCUGCGGAAAAGGCUACACGUUGGCCACCAAACUGAGGAGACACAUGAGGUCGUCCCACCUGAAGGAGAAGCCGUUCAGCUGCCUCUGCGGCGCCUCCUACACCGUGAGACAGAGUCUGCUGAGGCAUCAAGCGCAGCACUGUGCAGGGGGAGGAGCUGCAAGGGAGGUGGAGGCGGAAGGGGGGUGUGGAGAGGAGGCGAGCAAGGGGGCGGCGUCACCUUGUGGACAUUCGAAGCCGAUCAGGGGCCGACCGAAGAAGAGCUCGCCGCUCCCUCGCGAGGCGGGACAGAAGGAGGGAGGUGAGGUGAAGAGGAGGAGAGGUCGGAGGAAAGGGGAGCAGGAGCAGAAGGAAGUGACUCUCCAGAGAGGUGAGACCUUCUCGGGAGGCCCUGCAGAGGAUUCAGACAACGUCCAGCAAACCAUUAUCUACGUCCACACUGACGACCUGGCAGCGCCAAGCUCCGCCCCCCUGUUCCUGGCCUCGGAGGCCUCGCUGCCCGCGGGCCCCGAGCAAGAGCUGGUGGAGGUGGUGAUAUCAGAGAGCGCCGAGCAGUGCAUUGUGGUCCACGGGCAGGAGACGGUCGGAGAGCUGCUGAUCUUACAGGAGGAGGGGAGCAGACUCUGCUCGGUGGCUCAGACAGUCGAGAUCAACUCAGUUUAACUCAACAGGCUCUGCUUUGGUAGAAGAGGCACAAACGCACCUGCUCACCAGCACCCGGUCACUGAGGUGCAGAUUCAGACGGCAUUAGUUUUAUCACAAGACGCCUGUGUUUUCCUCGAGUUAUGAUAAGUAAUUUACCGUGGAAUAAUUAUUCCGAAAAUUACAGACUGGGCACGCUCCACCUGCGCAGAGUCGACCAGGUUGGAGGUGGCGAGCUUUCAGCGUAAGUUCCACAAAGUUUUGCCAAGAACUUGUGACUGUGCCAAGCUGAAUCUGUCGACACCUCCUCCUGGUGCGCCGCCGCGCCCAUCUUAGUGCAGGUGUUGCAGACCAGUGAACCAAAUUACAGAUUUUUACUUUGCACGGUGUUGUGCCUGUGUAAUUUACCUGAUGGCGCCGCCCUGCGCUCCACUGCGAAAAUAGAGCCGAAAAUGUGACCGUGUUUCUCACCGUGUCCUCUUGCGCUGACUUAAAGCGAUACUUCAACAUUUUGGCAAAUUGGCCCAUCCAGGGCAAUUCGGUAGUCAUUUAGAACAGCAUACUUACUUUUUUUGUGAGGGCGAGCUG